AUGUGCCUGGAUAGCCCUAGACACGGUUCAGCUGUCAUUCCAGCCACAGAUCGACCCGUCGAUGCGUCGAUUCUAAAAAUACACCCUGUGAAGAAACUUCCAAUGAAGCUCAGGCCGGUUGAUAAUCCUGUUGCCUAUCUCCACCAUCCUCACUCCAAGACACAUUCCUGUGUCUUGAUCGAGCCUGUGGAAAACAAGCGAAAACAACCUCUGAUCAGCAUCCAGAGCAUCAGAAGGCUUGCGGCUACGCGGCAGGGUCGGGAUGAGUCGCGUACCUUCGCAGUUGCAGUCACCAAUGAUUGUCAAGAGACGCGGCCUCAUCCUUGUGCGAACUGUGUGACGCGGAAUACAUCGUGUGUAUAUCCUCCACUGGACCAGCUGUUGCGCCGGCGACAUGAUGCACCCGACAAGCCUCAAGGAACGGAGAAAACGAGUCAUCCAUCCAGUGUGAACCCUUCUGCCCCCGCUCUGGACUCCUCGUCGUCCAUGCGCCCGAGGACGCUCUCGGACAGAUUCCCCGAUACCUUUUCCUCCGACGAUCUGCGGUUCUUCCAUCACUUCUUGGCUGCUGCACAUCCCCAUCUUCCGUUUGGGAAUGAAGACCUAUGGAAGACAUCUCUACCGGCAUAUGCAUACGAGUGUCCUCACUUGAUGCACGCGAUUCUGAGCCUUGGCGCUUCCCAUCUAUCCUUGCUCUUACCGGACGGCUCCCGGUAUGCCCAUCUCGCUGUCGUACAUCGAGGGAAAGCGCUUCGGUUGCUAGGUGAUGCCUUGGUGGCUGGCGAUCAAUGUUCCCAAACGGAACUGGACUUGGUGCUGGCUACGGCCUAUGCGCUUACGUUCCAAGCCAACUACAUGACCGAUGGCCUGGUUGAUUUCCUCGUCAUGGCCAGAGGCUGCGCGAUCAUAACUUGGCAAAUUCUGAACAAGCAUAAACGGAGCGAGGUGUUCGAAUUACUUUCACUGGAUGACAUCUGCGGCGGCAUCUGUUCUCGGCUUCCAUCGACACCAUGCUGCGAUGGAGAAAUGCUGCAUAUAUGUAUCGUCUCGCUGGAACGCAUCGAACCCCUGCUGGAAAAUAGCACUCAGAGACGCACCUACCAUGUCAUCUUGAAUACGUACAGGGGAUUGCAGAACUCUGCACGGGCUGGCUUUGUCGCUCUCGUCGACGUGUACACCAACUGGGAGCGGAUGGCGCACCAGGAGUUCAUGGAAUUUCUUGAUUCUCGCAACCACGUUGCGCGCCUGCUACUGCUGCAUUUUGUUACGAUCACUACCAUUAUGAGACCCGUGUUCUGUCUAUUGAGACCGCGGAUGCUUGAUAGUCCUAAGGACGUGCUCGCCAAUAACCAAUGGGCCUUGGACAUCUACGAGAGUCUUCCUUCCGAGAUGCGUGGGUUGGUCGAAUGGCAGGCUCGUUAUAUUGCUUUGGACAAGUCUUUGAUCCAAGAAAGGGAUGUUUGA